AUCUUUCUUUCUGCUUUCUAGACCACCUUACAAACAGAUGAAGUAAAGAAUGUUCCAUGUGGCACAAGUGGAGGAGUGAUGAUUUAUUUUGACAGGAUUGAGGUUGUGAACUUCCUGAUCCAAAGUGCGGUCUACGAUAUAGUGAAGAACUAUACUGCAGAUUAUGAUAAGGCUCUCAUCUUCAACAAGAUCCACCAUGAGCUGAACCAGUUUUGCAGUGUUCACACACUUCAGGAAGUUUAUAUUGAAUUGUUUGAUCAGAUUGAUGAAAACCUAAAACUGGCUCUCCAACAAGAUCUGACAUCUAUGGCUCCAGGACUCAUCAUACAGGCAGUCCGAGUUACAAAGCCAAACAUCCCAGAAGCAAUUCGGAGAAAUUAUGAGCUCAUGGAGAGUGAAAAGACAAAACUGUUGAUUGCAGCCCAGAAGCAGAAAGUUGUGGAGAAAGAGGCUGAAACAGAACGCAAAAAGGCUCUCAUUGAGGCAGAAAAAAUUGCGCAGGUGGCUGAGAUAACGUAUGGGCAGAAGGUAAUGGAAAAAGAAACAGAGAAGAGAAUAUCUGAGAUUGAAG